CCCGUCAAAGUCUGAGCAGUCAGGGGUCCACACAGCUCUAAGAAUAUGGCACCAGUAAAGAAGGGAAUCUUGGAGCGCCUCAACGCUGGGGAGGUGGUGAUCGGCGAUGGCGGCUUCGUGUUCGCCCUGGAGAAGAGAGGCUACGUGAAGGCGGGCCCCUGGACCCCCGAGGCCGCUGUCGAGCACCCCGAAUCAGUGCGCCAGCUGCACAGGGAGUUCUUGAGGGCAGGGUCCAAUGUCAUGCAGACCUUCACCUUCUACGCUAGUGACGACAAGCUGGAGAACAGGGGCAACAAGCUCACCUACACCGGCGCCCAAAUCAACGAGGCCGCCUGCGAUCUGGCCCGCGAGGUGGCCAACGAGGGCGACGCCAUGGUGGCGGGAGGUGUGUCUCAGACGCCAUCCUACCUGAGCUGCAAGAGCGAGGCCGACGUGAAGGCCAUUUUCAAGAAGCAACUGGACGUUUUCAUCAAGAAGAACGUGGACUUCCUGAUUGCUGAGUACUUUGAGCACGUUGAGGAGGCCGUGUGGGCUGUGGAGGUGCUGAAGGGGACAGGGAAGCCGGUGGCCGCUUCUCUGUGCAUCGGGCCACAAGGCGACAUGCACGGUGUCUCAGCUGGAGACUGUGCUGUCAGACUGGUCAAAGCUGGUGCCCAGAUUGUGGGUGUCAACUGCCACUUUGACCCUCUGACCUGUGUGGAGACUGUCAAGAUGAUGAUGGAGGGCGUGGCGAAGGCCGGCCUGAAGGCUCACUACAUGGUCCAGCCUCUGGCCUACCACACCCCUGACUGCAACUGCCAGGGAUUCAUCAACCUGCCAGAAUUCCCCUUUGCUCUGGAGCCGAGGACCCUGACCCGCUGGGACAUGCACAAGUACGCCAGGGAAGCCUACAACGCCGGCAUCCGCUUCAUCGGUGGCUGCUGCGGAUAUGAGCCGUACCACAUCAGGGCUGUGGCAGAGGAGCUGGCGGCCGAGAGGGGGAUUCUGCCCACCGGAUCAGAAAAACAUGGCAUGUGGGGUACCGGUCUGGAGAUGCACACCAAACCCUGGGUCAGAGCCAGAGCCCGUCGUGACUACUGGGAGAACCUGAAGCCGGCUUCUGGCCGUCCACUGUCUUCCUCCAUGUCCACCCCGGCGAGCUGGGGUGUCACCAAAGGCAGCAGUGAGCUCAUGCAGCAGAAAGAAGCCACUUCUAAGCAACAACUCAAGGAGCUGUUUGACCGCUCAAAGAGCCACUGAGUUAACUCGUGCCGCCCCCACUCAGACCUGACAGUAAAGAUUCACGUAAACAGCCGUGGACUAACACACGUGUGCAAAUCUCAGCAUUUUCACCCUGUUGACCACUCAGGGGCCCAAUCCUCACUUGAAACUGGCACUGUUGUGUUCAUCUUUUGAUUAUAAACUGCUGUCAAGUUUAUGUGAAGCCACAGUGGCAGCUCAGGUUUGGAGCCGGCCCCUUUAAGAUCGGGAACUUUUAUUUUCCAAGACACAGGACGACUUUGUAAAAUAAAAAGAGACCUAAUGCAACAUGAA